CCAGAGUCAGCCGAAGGGGAGAGACAGACUGAUCACCAUGAAGUUCUUGGCUCUGCUUUUCACAGCGGCGUUGCUCAGUGCCUCCUGGGCAAACCCCAUCUUCCAAGAGGAACCACAAUCCAAAUGGGAGGAAACGAUGGACGUCUUUUGGGAUUACGUCACCAAGGCUGGGAACGUGGCAGAUGAUAUCACCGCCCAGAUCAAGACGUCACAGCUCAGCAGGGAACUGGAUGGCCUUAUCACGGACACCAUAGCCGAGGUGGACCUCUACACAGAAGAUCUGCGUUCCAAGUUUGGCCCCUACACACAAGAACUGCAGGAGCGCCUUAAGACCGAAGUGUCCAACCUCACUGGAAAACUGAAAAAUGACAUGGAGGAGACCAAGACCAAGUUGAUCCAAUAUAGCAGAGAUGCCCGUUUGAUGUUUGACCACAACCUGGAUACGGUGAAGUCCCAGUUCAACUUGUUCAUGCGCAAGCUGAAGAAACGCCUCAGCAAGGAUGCCGAGGAGCUGCGCCAGAAGCUGGGGGCCUACUCAGCAGAGCUGCGGACCCACACUGACGAGAAGGUCAAUGCCAUGCGUCAGAACCUAGAGCCCUACAUCGCCAACAUCCGUGAAAAGGGAGAGCAGCGGUUCCAGGCCCUGCAACAAGCCAUAGGAGAGCAAGGAAGGAUGGUCCACCAGCAGCUCAGCAGCCGUGUUCAGGAGCUCCAAGGCCAGUUCCAGAAGAAACUCGAGCAGCUGAAAGACGCCCUUGACCAGACCAUUGAGAAAGUACGCCAGUGGCUCAACCCCAUCUUGGAGAACAUGACCUCCCAGUACCAGACCAUGAUAGAGCAGAACGAGGAGGAGAUGUCAUAAGCCAUUGGCCUGCACUUUCAGCAAAGCUCCUGCUUCAUGUCCUUGGAAGCCAAGGGGACCUCAGAGCUGCAGGCUUCUUGGUUGAAUGGGUCUUGAGAGGCCAGGCAUGUAUUAACCCAACCUUCCCAACUGGCUGAGAAACCCCCAGAUGUGUUGCACAACACCAUCCAGAAUUGGGGUUGCAAGCCAACGCAUCUGGAGAGCACCGGGUGGGGGAAGACUGCACUAACCUCAUGCUGCUUUGCACAACCCCUACAGAUUGUUGCCAUUCGGGCCUGUUAACCUUCUGUGCCCUUUCUGCUGGUUACCCCUUUCAAGUCUUGCAUUAGCAACCGUUGCACUUGUGAAUUAUUCCUAGAAAGGUCUUGGAAUGCUUCCUCGUCCCCUUUCCCCUUCCCUUCAUCCUUUGACCACAAUUCCUCAGCUUUACUGGUGUUUUCCGUUUUGAUCUGUAACAAUAAAAUGUACUUUGGAUAUGAA